AUGCCUAAGAGAUCUAAUAAUUCAACUCAAUCAUCACCAUCCAAUAAGAAAACCCACAUUUUAAAUCAAUACGAAUCAAAUUUAAUUGAAACUUGGGUUCAAUGUGGUGAAUGUGCAACUACUAUUGGUUCAAUAGUAACUGCUAUUAAAUCAUUUGAAAAUGCAGUAAAUAGAGAUCCAUCAAAUAUAACAGCACUUAUUGGAUUAUCAUCAAGCUUAAGAUUAAAUGAUAUAAAUUUAAAUGAAACAAUUGGAUCUCAAUCAUCAAUUGAAAGAUUGAAUAAAUCUUUAAUUGAAUUUCCUCAACAAUUAUCAAAAUCACAUUUAAUUUUUAAAGAAUUGAGUGAAUGCUAUUUAUUAAUAGGUUUAAAUGGUCAAGCUCAUCAACUGAUUCAAAUGGCAAUUCAAUUACAACCACAAGAUCCAAGUUUAUGGUUAUUAAGUGCACAAACAUUAAUUAGAAUUGGAGCAAAAAACCAUGCUGCCAAUAGUUUAACUCAUUGUUUAUCAUUAUUACCAGAAUCUAAGAAAAAUUUUAAUACACAAGAUAUUGAAACUGCAAGAGCUGCUCAUGCAGAAUUAGCAGCUAUAGCAGCAGCCGAUGGAAAUAUAAAUAUACUGAUAAAGGAGCUUUCAGCUACAUUAAGUUUGAAAGCUCCACCUUUAGCUCGUGUUGAAGAGCAUAUUGCACUAUGGUGUGCAUUAUCAACUGCAAAAGAAAGAGCAAAUGAUAUAGAAGGUGCUAUACAAGCUUGUGAAGAUGCUGAAUUAGCAGUUGGUAAAUCAGAUCGAAUUAUAAUGACUCAUGCAUAUUUAUUAUUAUUAAUGGAUCCUUUGAAAAACUCAAAUUAUGCAAUCAAAUUACUCGAAAAGAUUAUAGAUUUGUUUGAUGAAAAUAUAAAUAAUAAUAAUAAUCAAGAUUUUUUACCAUGGUAUUUAUUAGGAAGAGCUUAUUCAUUCAUCGAUCAACCUAGAUUAGCUUAUAAUUCAUAUCAAGUUGCUUUAAGAUGUGCACCAAAUUCUCCAAUUACGUGGUUAGCAGUUGGAAAAUUAUAUCUUGAGUUGAAACAAUUACCUGAUGCUUUAGCUGCUUAUUCACAAGCUUUAAGAUUACAAAUGGAUGAUGGAUCUCCAGGUGUAGCUACUGCUUGGGAUGGUUUAUCUUGUGUUUAUGAAAGAUGUGAAGAUCAUUUAUUAGAUGCUUCAGAUGCUUGUCAAAGAGCAAGUUCAUGUUUCAAAGUCAUUGGUGAUAUUAAAAAUUCAAAUUUUUUUGAAAAUAGAUCAAAUGUCUUGAUUAAAGCUUCAAAAAACGAAAGUUUGAAACCGCCAUUAAAAAAUCCACCAGAUGUUCCUAGUUUUUUAUUAAGAGAUUUAGUUGCAUUGGCUCCAAGUGAAAGAAUAAAUUAUACUCAAUCACAACAAAAGCAACAACAACAAGUUCAACAACUUCAACAACAACAAAUACCACCUCAACAAAUUCAGCAGCAACAUUCUCAACCUAUUCCAUCUGAACAACAAACUCCAUUACAACAAAAUACGUCAAGAAAUAGUCCACAAAUUUCAAUGAUUAAUAAUUCACAUCAUCAAACUCCUCAGCAACCACCUCAACAAGCACAAUUUCAACCACAACCACCACCACAAAUUCAAGCACUUCAACCACCACAACAAUAUAAUUAUCCACCAUUUGCAAAAAGUAAUCCUCCUCCACCACCACCUCAAUUACCAACACCUCAAUUUCAACAACAAGCUCAAAGUCAACCUCAAUGGUCACCACAACAAAGUCAACAACAACCGCCGUUACCUCCUCCUCCACCACCUCAUCAACAACCACAACAAUUUUAUUAUCAUCCAGUUCCAAUUCCAGCACCCCCUCCACUUCAACAACAUCAAAAUUCACCACCUCAACCAUCUAAUGGUUCUAGUCUCAAUUCUUCAUCAAAUUCAAUGGCAGUUCCAACAGGUCCUCCUCAGUAUUCAUAUGGUCAAUAUAUUCCAACUCCUGGAGGAGUUCAAAAUAAUUACUCAUCACCAACUUGGAGAAGGUAA